AUGGCAUCCUCUCUUCCGGACUAUGCCGAAGGCUCCGAGGAUAUCGGCUCCGAGGUCCCUAGCACCAAGCAUUCCGUCUUUCGGUCUGUUCCCUUCCAGAUCGCCAUUGCUUGCGGUGUGUCUUUCACCGCACCCGGAAUGUGGGAUGCCCUCGGCGGUCUGGGAGCUGGAGGAGCCGCUGAACCAUAUGCUGUCUCGGCUGCCAACGCACUAGUAUAUGGACUAUUCGCCAUAGUUUGCGUCGCAGCCGGCGCCAUCAACAACCGCAUCGGUCUGAGAUACGGCCUGGCCAUCGGAGCGGUCGGCUACCCCCUGUACGGAGCUGGACUCUACACCAACAACGUCAGCGCCACGACCUGGUUCAUGCUCUUCGGCAGCGCACUCUGCGGGAUCUCCGCCGGCUUCUUCUGGGCUGCCGAUGCGGCCAUCAUCAUCGGGUACCCGAGCCCCAAAGACCGCGCCUUCUACCUAGCCAUCUGGCAGACGGCCAAGGCAGCAGGCCCCAUCGUGGGCGGUGCGAUAAACCUCGGCCUCAACGCGCAGAAGUCUUCGGCAGGGUCCGUUAGCUCCGCGACUUACAUCGUCUUCAUCGUCAUCAUGUGUCUCGGCCUGCCGAUAGCGCUCUGUCUGAGCCCUGCAGAAAAAGUCUGGCGGAAAGACGGGACCAAGGCCGUCGUCCACAAGGCACCCACCUGGACCGCUGAGUUCAAGGCCGUGGCAAACCUGCUUAUCUCGCGGAGGAUACUGCUGCUCCUGCCGGCCUUCUUUAUCAGCUACUUCUACAACGGCUUUCUGUCGACAUGGUUGACUACGUCUUUUACCGUUCGAGCGAGGGCAUUUUCGUCGUUUUUCACCAACUUUGCCGGUAUAUUCAGCUCGUUCAUCAUCGCGUCCCUCCUGGACCGGCAGUCCAUUCACAUCAAGACGCGAGGGAGAAUCGCGUUCUCGGUCGUCGUGUUCUUGCUCAUCGGCACCUGGAUAUGGGCGACAAUACUGCAAAAGCAGUUCUACGACGCACCCGAGUCGCCCGUAUUUGACUGGUUCAAGAGCGGUUUUGGCAAAUCGUAUGCCCUUGUCUUCUUCUGGACCUUCGCGGGACAGGCGUUCCAGCAGUUUCUGUAUUGGCUCGUUGGGCAGUACACGACGGACUUAUCGUCCCUGUCUCACCACACUGGCAUAUUGAGAGGGUUUGAAGCUCUUGGACAGACGGUGGCCUGGGCUAUGCAAUCAGAGGGCAACGCCAACCACUUUGUCAGCAUUGGCCUCAACUUCGGCAUUACCAUAUUGUGCAUCUUCCCCACCUGGAUCGUUCUCUCGGAGCUUGAACACUCUCAUGAAGUCCCAGUGACUGAGAACCAACAAGUCAACGUGGCCGACACCAACAAGCAGAUCGACGAGCCAUCAGCUUAG